ACAAGAGGAAGCAGUGUCGCUCUGGAACGAACUCACAACAUAAUUUCAAUUGACCAGAAGAGUUCCUUGACAGAAGCAGCUGGAGGUUGGGCAAGGAAUUCCUUGGAGAGAGGGAAUCCAUGGCAGAAAGGCUAUGAGCACUCCCUGACUGCCUCGGGGAGAAAACCAACCAUGGACCUGCGGAACGUCCCCUACCGCUCCGACGUGCUCACCUGGGACCCAGAUGACUUGGCAGAAUAUUUCAGGACGCUAAAGUAUAAGGACUGUGAGAAAGUCGUGAGGAAGCACAGCAUAAAUGGACAAAGGUUUUUGAACAUGUCUGAAAAUGAUAUCCAGAAAUUUCCAAAGCUCAGAGUGCCAAUUGUAAGUAAAUUAAGCCAAGAAAUAAACAAAAAUGAAGGGAGGCUCUCUUUCCUUCCAAAAUGGGCCCAAACACAAAAAUCUCCAGAAAACACAGGGUACGCUCAGGAUGACGGUGGCUGGUCCUCGUUUGAUGAUGAUGAUGAUGAUGAUGAUGAUGACUAUGAAAGCCCUGAUGAAGACCAGGAAAAGGAAGAUGAGGCUGACUAUGAAUCACCAACAGAGGAGCCUGAGGAAGCAGGACAUGACAGUGAUGGUUAUGAGCCUCCUCCAACCAAUAAUGAUGAAGCACAUCACAAUGUCAUAUUUCCUGCCAAGUCACUUCCAAGCAGCACAGAUUAUAUAGACAGACCUUCAACAACCAGAUCACCACAUCAGCCUCCAGUACCUCCCCAGCGACCUGGCCCAGCCUCAUUUGGGGGAAGAAGUGUUACUCUGCCAGCUUUCCCUCCUCCACCAAGCAACAACGACUUGAGUAGAGACAGAAACAUGAAGCCUUUGAAACCCCCAGCUCCUUCUAUAGACAGAAGCACAAAACCCUCUCUGGAUCGUUUUGCUCCCCCAUAUGAAAGAGAAAGCCCAGGAUCAGGGAAGAAGCCAGGCAUUCCUGAAAAGCCUCUGGUUUCACAGCUCAGAUCCCUGGGAGAACAAUUAGCAAUGAUGCCAAAACCUCCUGUCCCACCAAGUGACAGAUAUGAAAGAGGCAAUCCACCUCCUCUAAGGAAACAGAGCCCUGGAAAACAGAUUUGGCCACCACACAAGAAAAAUGAAGAAGAAGAAGACACUGCCCUCCAAAGACCAGUGCCACAGCUGUCUUUGCCCCCAUACAGCUCCAAUGCAUUCCCACCCAAAUCUGUCAAGCCUCCACCUAAGCAAGGAUCCAACAGCAUUCCUGCUGCAGAAAGUGCUAGAAACCUGUCUUCAACUGGCUCUCUACCACCACGCUUCCAUCCAGGCAGCAACAGCAGAUCUCCUUCAAGAGGCCCAGCUGACAUGAGACCUCCACUGCCAGCUCCUAGCAGACAGACUGUUCACCAGACAAACACACAGGAACAUGAGCCCCAGGGCUCUCUGAAGGAUGAGUGGUACGUGGCUUUUGUCAGCCGGCCGGAGGCAGAGACAGCGCUCCGCAGGAUAAACAAGGAUGGAACAUUCUUGGUGAGAGACAGCUCACGAAAAACUGUAACUCACCCAUAUGUACUGAUGGUGCUGUACAGAGAUAAAGUGUACAACAUCCAGAUCCGGUAUCAGCAGCAGGACCACUUAUAUUUAUUAGGAACCAGCUUAAAAGGAAAAGAGGAAUUUUCUUCUGUAGCAGAUAUCAUUGACCACUUCCAAAGAACACCCCUUCUUCUGAUUGAUGGAAAAGACAGAGGCUCAAGAAACCAGUGCAUGUUAAAAUAUGCAGCAGGACAUGUUUAAAUGAAACUUUAGAGAAGACCACAUACGGUACUGAACCCUACUGAAGUUUAUAAACUUCAAGAUAUUUCCCUUUUCAGCAAACUAAAAUCAUGAAGUCAUUAAAAUUCAUGGUUUCAAAGAAAAAGGACUAUGUUAUUUUUAAAUUAUGCCUUAAAUAGAGUGUUCUAGAAAUAUAAUUUUCCUACAAAAUGUUUAUUACUGUCCAUACAGCACAUGAGAAUUUUUUAUCUUCCAAGAUAUGUAUAUCCUCUUGAAAUUAUUUCCACACCAAAUUUGAUGAACCAUAAAUAAAUAUCAGUACAAGUCUCUGCA